CUUCAAUGAUUGUGCUGGGAAUAAGAGAAUUCGAUAUGAAGCUAGCAAUCUAAAUUUCAAUGUUAGGAAGGAUGGAACCAUUUAUGCUACGCGCAAGGUUCAGUUCCCUUCAAAGGAGACAACGUUUACAGUGACUGCGUGGGACCGGGACAACCGGGAAAUGUGGGAGACAACAGUCAGACUUAUGAACAAAGCACAAAAUAAGUCAAAACACAGCAAGCAUAAGGAAAAUGGAAAGAAAGAUUCACAUCCAGAGUUUCCACAGGUGCCAGGUGACACCCUGUUGCCAUGGCGUCAACAGCAGAGCUCCAGUGGAUUGAGACGGCAAAAGAGAGAUUGGGUUAUUCCACCUGUCAAUGUGCCAGAAAAUUCCAGAGGCCCAUUUCCCCUUUUUCUGGUUCUGAUUCGUUCAGACAAAGACAGGGAAAUCCAACUCAGAUACAGUAUUACUGGUGUUGGUGCUGAUCAACCACCAAUGGAGAUCUUCCGCAUCGAUUCAGUAACUGGGCGAAUGUAUGUAACACGACCUCUGGACAGAGAAGAGAGAGCCUCAUAUCAUCUGAAGGCUCAUGCAGUGGACAUGAAUGGAAACAAGGUAGAGAAUCCCAUUGACCUCUUUAUCUUUGUGAUAGACAUGAAUGACAACAGACCAGAAUUUCAAAAUCAGGUCUACAAUGGAUCUGUGGAUGAAGGUUCAAAACCAGGAACAUAUGUCAUGAAAGUGACAGCAAAUGAUGCAGAUGAUGAUACCACAGCUAACGGACUGGUCAGAUACCGCAUCCUCUCUCAGUCUCCAGUCAGCCCGGCUCCUGGCAUGUUCACCAUCAACAGUGAGACAGGAGACAUCGUUACUGUUGCUGCUGGGCUCGACAGAGAGAAAGUCCCACAGUAUACAAUCAUCAUUCAAGCGACUGAUAUGGAAGGAAACCUUAACUACGGACUCUCAAACACAGCGACUGCAAUCAUUACUGUGCGAGACGUGAAUGACAGUCCCCCAGAAUUCACUGCUGACAGUUUUUCUGGGGAAGUUCCAGAGAACAAGGUGGAUGCAGUUGUUGCUAACUUAACAGUAAUGGACCGAGAUCAGCCACAUACUGCCAACUGGAAUGCUGUGUAUAGGAUUCUGAAUGGAGACCAGAUGGGGCAUUUUGUCAUUAGGACCGAUCCAGUUACAAAUGAUGGUUUAGUGACUGUUGUAAAACCUGUUGAUUUUGAGAUGAACAGAGCCUUCGUACUAACAGUGAUGGUAACAAACCAGGCUCCCCUAGCCAGUGGAAUUCAGAUGUCCCACCAGUCCACGGCAGGUGUCACCAUCUCCGUCAGGGACGUUAAUGAAGCACCCUAUUUCCCAGCUAAGCCCAAGCUGAUACGACAAGAUGAGGGAGUGCCUGCAGGCACCUUUCUAACCAUCUUCCAAGCUGUGGAUCCUGACCGUUUUAUACAACAAGCAGUGAGAUACGCCAAGUUGUCAGAUCCGGCCAACUGGUUGAGUGUAAAUGCCACAAAUGGUCAGAUCACUACAACUGCUGUCCUGGACCGUGAGUCACCCUACGUUAAAAAUAACAUCUAUGAAGCUACCUUCUUGGCAUCUGACAAUGGCAUUCCUCCAACGAGUGGUAAUGGCACACUUCAGAUUUACCUAAUCGAUAUCAACGAUAAUGCACCUGAGCUGCUACCCAGAGAGGCACAGAUCUGUGAACGACCCAACUCCAAUGCUAUCAAUCUUACAGCUGCUGAUGCAGACAUUGAGCCAAAUAUUGGACCCUUUAUCUUUGAGCUGCCAAGUUUUCCAUCUACAGUGAGAAGGAAUUGGACCAUCACACGCCUCAGUGGUGAUCAUGUCCAGCUCAGCUUAAAAGUUGCAUAUCUGGAGCCUGGUGUGUAUGACGUCCCAGUAACUGUUAUAGACUCAGGGAACCCUCCCUUGUCUAACACAUCGGUUAUUAAAGUGAAGGUGUGUCCAUGUGAUGAGAACGGCGACUGUACCACUAUCGGCGCCGUGGCAGCGGCUGGGCUUGGAACAGGGGCGAUUAUAGCUAUUCUCAUUUGCAUUAUUAUAUUACUGAGCUUGGUGCUACUGUUUGUAGUUUGGAUGAAACGCAGAGAAAAAGAGAGGCAAACUAAGCAACUGCUGAUCGACCCAGAGGACGAUGUCCGAGAUAACAUCUUAAAAUAUGAUGAGGAAGGAGGAGGUGAAGAGGAUCAGGAUUAUGACCUAAGCCAGCUUCAACAGCCAGAGUCCCUGGACCAUGUGCUAAACAAGACACCUGGGGUUCGACGAGUGGAUGAGAGACCCAUUGGUGCCGAACCUCAGUAUCCAAUACGGCCUGUUAUUCCCAAUCCUGGGGACAUUGGUGACUUCAUAACUGAGGGCCUGCGAGCUGCAGAUAAUGACCCCACAGCACCGCCAUACGAUUCUUUACUAGUCUUUGAUUAUGAAGGCAGUGGUUCAACGGCUGGCUCAGUAAGUUCAUUAAACUCAUCCAGCACUGGAGAUCAAGACUAUGACUACCUUAAUGACUGGGGACCCAGGUUCAAGAAAUUAGCAGACAUGUAUGGUGGAGGAGAAGAUGAUUAACUGACCUCAACAGUAAUGCGAAAACUGUACAAAAAACUGGCAGCUUUUUUGUUCCUUAAAUAACAUCCCCAGCUGACUGGAUUAUUUUGAGUAGUGGGUUAGAGAUUUUUGUUAAGAACAUUGAGCUGUUAGCAUGAAUGCUUGUUGUCUCUGCAGCAUUAUUUUUCCCAUUUUUUUAUUGUAACGUCAGCAGGGGGACAUUACUCGUCAUUCGCUUUAUUACUACAGAGAGUCAAAGGCACUCUGUCUUAACUUGAAUUUCUUAGAACAGAAGCACUGUUUUUAAACAAAAAAAAUAUAUAUAUAGAACAUAUAUAUAUGAAAGUGCCUUUUGGUACAUUCGUCAGAUUCCCUCAACUCUCAGGAGUGUUUUAAAGCAACCAUCUUGGAUAACACUCUCUUUGAUUCUAAAACAAUUCCAGUUGUGAAGCAGUUAACCCUGGAAUUGUGGACAAUUCUUUGUUUCGUUUGCCUUUUAAUCUGCUGGGUGACUUGUUUCAUAAAAUGAAACGGGGAAUCAGAAUAUUAAAGAGCCAUCUUUAAAGCCCAAAAGAGGUGAGUAGAUAAUUAUACAUUGCAUACGGUGUAGCGCUGUUAGCUGCAGCUAUUGCCUGGGAUCAUUAAUGUACCUUGACUGCACUUGACGCAUCUUUAUAAAUACAGUAGUCUUUUCAAGUCUGUUGCUUUUGCAAUAAAAUGCCUACAAACCCUG